AUGGUACCAUAUGUCUUCUAUUUCAACCAUAUCAGGGUUCAGCCAUUCUUCUUGCUGCAGUACCCCCCCCCCUCUUCGAUGAACGUCUCCAGCAUGAAUAUCAAGAUUGGUGUAUUCUAUAUCAACUAUGCCCGCACGAGCCGUACAUACUUUACGCUGGAUGUUGACAGUACAUAUGAUCUUCCAUCGCCGCAGAUCACCAUUAAGGUGCUAAGGCAAAGUAUCAAUGCAUAUAAUAAAAGUACCGCUACCAAAGAGUCUGGGGACUUCAGUAAGAUGACCACGAACGAGCCGCUGAGUCCGGAUACACGGACACUCAAAGCAUGCGGCAUCGCUGAUGGCCAGUCUGUGAUUGCAAUCCAAACCAAUACAAUAAACCCCAUCUUUCGAAUAAUGCCAGUAGAUUCUCCUGGCGAUGGCAGUCCGGACAUCUUCCUGUCAUCUCUGCCGAAGCAGUAG